AUGUCCAUUUUCACAAAUAUUCAACAUCCUUUGACUUUUACCUUUGGAAUUUUAGGAAAUGUCAUUUCCUUCAUGGUGUAUCUUGCGCCGGCACCAACGUUCUACAAAAUCAUCACAAAGAAAUCAACAGAAGGCUUUCAAUCUAUACCGUAUGUGGUGGCUCUCUUUAGCUCGAUGAUUUGGAUAUAUUACGCCACACUUAAAUCCGAUGCUAUGCUUCUCAUCACCAUCAACGCCUUUGGUUGUGUCAUUGAGACCCUUUACAUAUCGAUUUAUAUUGCUUACGCCCCCAAGGACAUUAAGAUUCAAACCACAAAACUUGUUGUGUCAUUGAACUUUGUGGGAUUUUGGAUAAUUGCUCUUUCGACUCAUUACCUAGCUGAAGGUCCUACCCGGGCCAUGAUUCUUGGAUGGAUAUGUUUGGUCGUUUCGGUUAGUGUAUAUGCAGCACCACUAAGCAUCAUGAAAAAGGUGAUAAGAACUAAGAGUGUAGAGUUCAUGCCAUUUGGGUUAUCAUUUUUCUUGUCCAUAAGUGCUGUUACGUGGUUCUUCUAUGGUUUAUUUCAAAAGGACAUUUACAUUGCACUUCCAAAUAUAAUUGGAUUCGUGCUUGGAGUUGUCCAGAUGAUAUUAUAUUUUGUUUACAAGAAUUACAAGAAGAAAACGAUCGACUUGGAGCAAAAACUGCCAACUACUAUUUCAACUAUGGAAUCAUACCCCGACUGUGACGCCCCUAAAUACGAUACGAAAAAAGAUAGCAACAUGUGUGAUCAAAUCAUAACGCUUAAAAGCACCCAAGAAGAGAAUAUAGAAGCUGGAGCCGCCGAGGGACAAAUGGUUAGCGCAAUACAACCCAUCAAUGAUCUGGUUAACAAUGUUAUGAAAGAAGACGCAAUCAUCAAAGCGUCGAUGGGUUGUAAAUCUACAGCGCAACCCGGCCUUAAUGAUAUCGAAGAUCAUGAACAAAUGAAAACCAUGGAGGCUGCUAAUCAAGUUUAUCUUGUAGAAAGUGCAGCUUAA